GCCUCGCCCGCCGCCGAGCCUCCCGGGGGCGGCGGCGCCCGCACCUCGCGGCCGCGGCGCCGCGGGGCCGCCCGUCGAGCGCGAGAUGUCCCAGGAAAACCUGCUCGGCAUGGACGAGGCAGCGCUCAGGAAGCUGCUGGAGGCAACGCUGGACCUUGCCGAGCGGCGCCGCAUUCGCUCGGCCAUCAGGGAGCUGCGGCGCCAGGAGCUGGAGCGGGACGAGGAGGCGCUGGCGUCCAAGCGCUUCCGCUCGGAGCGCGGCAGCCACAGGCAGGACAACAAGGAGAACUGGCUGCGGUCCCAGCAGCUGGAGGAAGAACAGCAGAAGGCCCUGGCCUCGUUAUCCCAGAAACUCGAGUCGAUCACAGAUGUGGAGGAGCUAACAAAACUGCUGCGGGGGGCCAGCGAGUACGAGGAGCGCAAGCUGAUCCGGGCUGCCAUCCGCAAGCUGCGGGCUGAGGAAAUCGAAGCUGCAGCCCUGGCUGGGAAUGUGCAGAGCAGCCGGAGGGAUGACACUGAGCCACCAACCCUACCUGGCAGCACAGACAGCAGUCAGAGGGCUGACAGUGUACAACCAGCCCUGGCUAGAAGUCGGGAGAGCAGCCAGAAAGAUGAUGCCGAGCUCCCAGCUCGGGGCAGGAACAUGGAGAGCAGCCAGAGAGGCGACACUGAGCCACUGACUGAGGCUGGGAGUGUGGAGAGUAGCCGGAGGGAUGAUGAUGAGCCACCAGCCCUGGCUGGGAGUAUGGAGAGUAGUCACAGGGGUGAUGCUGAACCACUGGCUGCUAAAGAGCCUGAGCUGACCGAAGCUGAAUGCUGUGUGGCCCAUGAGCAAGGCAAUGUGGUGGAGCAGGAGCACAUCCGGACUGAGACCCAGGAGCUAUGCAGCGAGCAGCAGAGAACACCUGAAAAAAGCAACGCCCAGGAUGCAGCCUCUAGGACCCUUGUGCUCUUGGAUCUGCACCAGGCCCCAGAGCCCCGUCCAGCCGUCGAGCCGGAGCCCAAAGAGCGCACUGAGGAGCUGGAGCAGGGCCAGCCAUGCUCCGAGCUCGCUGCUCAGGCUGAGUUGCGGUAUCAAGCUUCCUGGAAGGAAAAGAGCCCAGGCAGCCCCUCUGCCAUGCGAGAGCCCGGAGCGGAGCAGCUGGAGACACCCCGCAGCGUGGGGGAAAGCUGCCGUGUAGAGCAGGCUCUUCUGCGACAGCCCUCUGCCAUUAGCCAGGGCAGACAGGUUGUUGUCUGCGUGAGGGGCCAGAUGCCAGAGAAGAUGGGAAACCCUCCUGUGGAGAAGCAAGCAGCGCCCACCCAGCGCGGAGCAGGGACCCCAGCUCGUCUGAACACUCACCGCUGGGAGCAAGCGCCUUCCUCCCUGCGCCCGGCCGGCCGCGCAGAGCCGUGCCCCGACGGGCCGCCGCAGCGCGCCGCCUCCGUGCGGGAGCGCGCCCGCAGGUUCACCGCGGAAGCGCCGGCGCCGAGCGCCGCGGCGGGCAGCGCGGGGCGGCGGCGGGCGGCGGCGGGCGGCCCCGAGGGGGCGGGCGGCGGCGCCGCGGGGCGGGCCGCGCCCGGCCAAUGGCAGCGGGGGCCGAGCGCGGCCCCGCCGGGCCCCGCUCAAAACGCGCGGGGCAGCGGCGGGGGCGCAGAGCAGCGCCCGGCCCCGCCGCCCGCCGGCCCCCGCCCCGCCGGCGCCCACGACGCCAUGAAGACCUGCUUCACCAUCGAGAUCAAGGACGGGCGCGUGCAGCCCCUCAGCACCCGGGUCGUGGGGGCCCCCGGCAACCAGCGGGCAGAGCUGACCGUGGGGCUGAGGAGCACUCCCAUCCACAUCACCACCAUCCCCAGCAGCAGCAAUGUCACCAAGAUGGAGCCGGAGCUGGUGGAGCAGCCCCAAGCACCGAGGCUGGAACCAGAACUUCCCAAUGGCAUGGAAAAAGUCCAAGUGAGGGAGCCAGAGAAGAGGAGCAAGCUGAGCGUUGAGGAGCUGAACAGGAUCGAGGACGAGAAUGUUCUGGAUAAGAUGCUGGAUCAGACAACGGACUUUGAGGAGCGGCGAUUGAUCCGUGCUGCCAUGCGGGAGCUGCGCCAGCGUAAGCGAGACCAGCGGGAGAAAGAGCGAAACCAGCAGCUGCAGGAGAUGAGGAACCAGGCUACAGCAGGGAGGGCAGGCCAUAACACAGAGACCACCACCACGCAGAGCACCCAGUCGGCCGACGGCUCGGCCCGCAGCACAGUCACCAAAACAGAGCGUCUCGUCCAGUCUAACGAUGGCACCAAGACUUCCCGUAUGACAACCACGGAGUCGAGUUAUGUGAAGAGACAAGACAAUGGCAGCAGUACAUUUGUUCAAACCAAAUCAUCCUACAGCUCUUCUUCCAAGAAGAUGGGCAGCAUCUUUGACCGUGAAGAUGAGAGUGCCUCAAGACAGAACAGCCUGGCUGCGCUGGAGCGGCGCCAGGCUGAGAGGAAGAAGGAGCUGAUGAAAGCUCAGAGCCUGCCCAAGACUUCGGCCUCGCAGGCUCGCAAGGCCAUGAUCGAGAAGCUGCAGAAGGAAAGUGGGAGUCCUGCAAAUCCUGCAGUGUCACGCACAGCUGUGCAGCGUUCCUCCAGCUUUGGCGUUCCCAAUGCCAACAGCAUCAAGCAGAUGUUGCUGGACUGGUGUAGAGCCAAGACCCGGGGCUAUGAGCAUGUGGACAUCCAGAACUUCUCGUCCAGCUGGAGUGAUGGCAUGGCCUUCUGUGCCUUGGUCCACAAUUUCUUCCCUGAGGCUUUUGACUAUAGCCAGCUCACGCCCCAGAACCGCCGUCACAACUUCGAGGUGGCCUUCUCCUCUGCAGAGAUGUUGGUGGACUGUGUGCCCCUGGUGGAGGUGGAAGACAUGAUGAUCAUGGGGAAGAAACCAGACUCCAAGUGUGUCUUCACCUAUGUGCAGUCUCUCUACAAUCACCUGCGUCGCCACGAGUUGCGCUUGCGGCAGAAAGAGUGCUAGAGCCUGCCCUGGCCUGCAGCUGACCAACACCUCACUGCCCCCCUCUCCCCACAGGGACGCUGGUGUGCGGAGGAGCUGCCUGCCCCAGCGGAGAGGCUGGCAGGAGGAGCCCAGUGAUGCUGAGGGAUUGGCACUGGGGGGG